AUGCCGGAGCAUUUCAGCAAAUGGAAGCUGAACAAGGCUGAGCAGAAGUCAGUCGAGGAAGAGGAGAAAAGGGUCUACGCGGAGCGCAAGACUGCUGGCGAUUCAGACGAGGACGCUCAGAAGGCAGCUUCAGAAGCCGCGGCGACCAAGUCGAAGGAGCUGUCAACGCCAAACCGUGAUGCUCUGAAGGAAGCAAAGAUGGUGAAGAGCCAGGUCAAGAAGAACCAGCCACAGUCGGCGGCGGCGGCUAUCGAUGCUCCGGAAACGGCGCCUCAGAACAACACCCAGUACUACGAAGCGCUCAUCGACGCCGUCAACGUGAUCCUUCAGUGCCCCACCUUCGUUGCGCCGCUGCCGAUCAACACCAAGCCGGGAGAAGACCAGUCGGGAGUUCAGGCAGUUUUCGACCCACGGGAGUGCAAGGCAGCAUUGACGAAGGAAGGAUGCUACAGGGCCGCGAUCAACUUGAUGUGGAUUGACCCAUUUGGGUCCACAACGCCCACAGUACCGCUCAGUGUGGAGAGGGUCCGGGAGCUCGGGCAAUUUGCUUGUCCCGCCGGGGAUGCAAAACACUUGACCGAGAACUUCACAGUCGCGGUCGACAGCCCGGACCAGGACAUGCUGGAUAGCAAGGGGAAGUGGAAGGCUGUGAGCCCGGAGGAAAUGCAGCACGCCCUGCUGUUCACCUUAGCGGAUGUCAUCAAAGACCAGGCGCCUGAUGAGAAGCUUGCUGCCUGGCGCCGGGUCUUCUUGUCGGCGCCGGCAGUGUUCAAAGUGGUGGGCGGGGGAGACAGCUUGUACUGGCACAGCUUCCACCGGAGGCAGCAAGUGGUGCAGACUUACGACUCCCUCAAGCCCACCUCAUUCAUGGCGAAAUCCUCCGUGAAAGGCGACAUGGCGGAUGGAUUCGUAAAGGACUGCCUGUUCGUCUAUGAGAAGUUGCUCGUGGACACAACCUGCAACGAGGUGCUGGACAAGUUGGAGAGCAAGUAUGGCUUGGAGUCGCCAUUGAACUCCCUUCAGAAACUUCGGGUGCUGAUUGAAAAAAGCGAGAACAUGGAGACCAGGCAAUGGAUUCUGAAAGUGAUUUGCGACAUGGUGGAGGGAGGAGCGCUUGAGCGCGAGACCAUCACCAAGACCUACCUCGCUGGGACGCCCACAGCCGCAUCGCUGGUCGAGCUGUUGAAGCUGAAGCGAACUGUGGCGCAUCACUUUUUGCAGGUGGAGAUGCCACGCAGCCAGUUCGACACUCAGGACCUUGCCAAGAUCCACUCGAAGAUCAUGACGAUUUGCAGCUACCGGAAAUACGUGACCUCACGUGCCUUGCUAACCUUGAAGGACAUCCUGUACACGACGACGCUCAACGGCCCCUUGAUUGCUCUUCUGAAGAAAGGAAAGGGAGCCAACCCGCUUGAGCUGCUCGAGAUCGAGACGUUCAGUCUACGAUGGAAGGCUUGCGUGGCAGCAAAAGACAAUGAACUAGCUGCAGAGAAAGCGCUCUACAAGGCGGCCGAGGAGGAGCAGGACGAGCAGGACGAGUGCACGAAGAUCGCGCAGGGCAGCGUGGCUCCGCAGCCUUCAAAGUACCCCAAGGGCUCGGCUGAGCAUUGGACAGCGACGGCAGCGCAACAGGUUGCGAUCUAUGUGUCGUUGCGGGCCGAGCCUCCAACCCAGUCUGCCGUUGCCCGGGCCGUAGGGGAUAGCGGCCUGAAUGGCGACCUCCGCGGCGUGCAGGGCAAGAGCGGUGUCAUGAUCCACUUUGACGCCAACCUGUUUGCAGAGGCCGCCAAAAGGCCUGACCGAAGGUUUCCGCCACUGAGCCCAGCCCUCAUGAAAAAGUUGAUCCACGGCAGCAUCAAGGGCCGCGGCGGCCUGGCGAACAAGAAGGUGGCAGAGGAUCACUUCGACCGUCCAAUUGACGGAGACUUCAUUUUCUUGAACGAUGCUGGGCGGAACGUGCUGGAGAGCGUCUUGGCGCCGUUCAAGUCGAAGGAUGGCAAGGGGGCCUUGGCGCACUACCUGGAGCACACGGAGAUCACGCUGUGCCUCAGCCAGGCAGGACGACGAUGUCCGUUUCAAAAAUCGAUUCUGUACUUAUAA